AUUUGCUGCCUUCGCUUAUCCUUCCAUGGUACCGCCCACUUCCUGACGUCAUCGCGCCAGUCGGCUCUACGUAACGUGGAUGCACAGGGUUGUAAACCGGAGAAAGAGCAUAUCGUACAAUGGUAAUGAAAGCAUCCAUAGAAGACGAUGACUCAGGAUGGGAACUCUCCAUGCAGGACAAAAUGGGAAAGAGCAAUGGAAACUGGAUAGACAUAACUCAGGAAUUCCGAGAUGCAUGCAGUGACCUGAAGCUGGGAGAGUUACUCCAUGACAAGCUGUUUGGACUGUUUGAAGCAAUGUCAGCUAUAGAAAUGAUGGAUCCCAAAAUGGAUGCAGGAAUGAUUGGAAAUCAGGUUAACAGAAAGGUUCUAAACUUUGAACAAGCCAUAAAGGAUGGCACAAUUAAAACCAAGGAUUUGACAUUGCCAGAAUUAAUAGGAAUUAUGGAUACCUGCUUUUGCUGUCUGAUCACCUGGUUGGAGGGUCACUCAUUAGCGCAAACAGUUUUCACUUGCCUUUAUGUCCACAAUCCAGACCUUAUAGAAGACCCAGCAAUGAAAGCAUUUGCAUUGGGAAUCCUCAAAAUCUGUGACAUUGCUAGAGAGAAAGUCAACAAAGCUGCUGUUUUUGAAGAGGAGGAUUUCCAGUCAAUGACAUAUGGAUUUAAAAUGGCUAACAAUGUUACGGAUUUACGAGUAACAGGAAUGCUGAAAGAUGUAGAAGAUGAUCUACAGAGGAGGGUAAAGAGCACCAGGAGCCGACAGGGAGAAGCAAGAGAUCCUGAAGUAGAACUUGAACACCAGCAGUGCUUAGCAGUAUUCAGCAGAGUGAAGUUCACCAGAGUUUUACUCACAGUUUUAAUUGCUUUUACCAAAAAGGAGACCAGUGCAGUGAUAGAAGCAUCAAAGCUAAUCAGCCAGGCAUCUGAUCUUCUGUGUGCAAUACACAACUCGCUUCCAUAUGGCAUCCAGGCCCAGAAUGAUACAACAAAAGGAGAUCAUCCUAUCAUGAUGGGCUUUGAACCUCUUGUUAAUCAACGGCUACUUCCUCCAACUUUCCCUCGCUAUGCUAAAAUUAUUAAAAAAGAAGAAAUGGUUACCUAUUUUUACAAACUUAUAGACCGUAUAAAAAUGGUCUGUGAAGUUGUCAAUUUAACAAAUCUUCAUAGCAUAUUGGAUUUUUUCUGUGAAUUUAGUGAGCAAUCUCCGUGUGUUCUUUCAAGAUCUCUCUUACAGACUACUUUCCUUGUGGAUAACAAGAAGGUUUUUGGAACCCAUCUGAUGCAAGACAUGGUGAAGGACGCGUUACGGUGUUUUGUUAGUCCUCCUGUGCUCUCGCCAAAAUGUUGUCUGUACAAUAACCACCAGGCAAAAGACUACAUUGAUUCCUUUGUGACCCACUGUGUACGACCAUUCUGCAACUUAAUUCAGAUCCAUGGUCACAACCGAGCACGGCAGAGAGAUAAACUGGGACACAUUCUAGAAGACUUUGCCACUUUACAGGAUGAGGCUGAAAAGGUAGAUGCCGCUUUACACAGCAUGUUGCUGAAACAAGAGCCACAGAGGCAGCAUCUAGCUUGCCUGGGAACAUGGGUGCUUUAUCACAACCUUAGGAUAAUGAUCCAGUAUCUUCUGAGCGGCUUUGAGCUGGAACUCUAUAGCAUGCAGGAAUAUUACUACAUCUAUUGGUAUUUGUCUGAAUUCUUGUAUGCCUGGCUCAUGUCCACACUGAGUCGGGCAGAUAGUUCCCAGAUGGCAGAGGAGCGCAUAAUGGAGGAACAACAGAAGGGCCGGAGCAGCAAAAAGACAAAGAAAAAGAAGAAAGUUCGACCUCUGAGCAGAGAGAUCACUCUUAGCCAAGCUUAUCAAAAUAUGUGUGCUGGGAUGUACAAGACUAUGAUUGCAUUUGACAUGGAUGGCAAAGUAAGGAAACCAAAGUUUGAGCUGGACAGUGAACAAGUCCGAUACGAGCACAGGUUUGCUCCAUUCAACAGCGUUAUCACCCCACCUCCAGUGCACUACCUGCAGUUUAAGGAAAUGUCUGAUCUGAAUAAAUACAGCCCCCCUCCUCAGUCUACAGACCUGUACAUGGCAGCCAGCAAGCACUUUCAACAAGCAAGAAUGAUUUUAGAAAAUAUUCCUAAUCAGGAUCAGGAGGUCACAGAGAUCUUGAAGGUUGCUAAAAACAAUAUUGUCGUCAUGAAGUUGCUUGCAGGAGGCCACAAGAAAGACUCAAAGGUACCCCCUGAAUUUGAUUUCUCUGCACAUAAGUAUUUUCCUGCUGUGAAACUGGUUUAAAUGGGCUGUGCCAUGAAGAGGCUGUUACAAAUCUACACAAGGAAUGUGUUCGUCUUAUUCAGUGUGUACUUGUUGCAGUGCUGAUGCUAGUUUUACUCAAAUUUUUUAAUUGAUUUUUUUGUUUGUAAAAAUGUCUCUACCCUUGUUUUGUUGAAUAAUUAUUAAAUAUUUA